UGGUCAGAUUUUGUAAGUGUAUAGUAUUUGUGAUUUUUUUGGUGAAAAUACAAAAACAUCACAACAUAUGCUCAUAUUUGAAUUACUUACAAGCUGAAUUUACAAAAUAAGGGCAAAAUCACACAAAGUUGAAAAAAAUGGGGGCAAAAAUACAAUAACCACCUAGGGUGUAAAUGUCCUUUUCUCUGCAACUAACACCGUUAAAACCUGCUCUUAAAAGUAGGGGUACACUGCUCAUUCAGAUUAAAAAGUAGAGGUAAAACUGCAAAUCCUAGAAAGUAGUAGGAGUAAAACAGCAAUUGGCUUCGAAAGUAGGGGCACUGAUGCAAUUGCCCCUUUAAAAAAAUAUUGAGAACUUGACACGUCAUGACAUCGAUCUGUAUUCAUAUUGCUAAAUUUCCUGACAGCACACAGGUUUGUUUAGGCAUUCACUUUCUCAUAGUUUGUUGAUUAAUGGUGACAGUAUUUGGCCGGUUGGCCCCUCCUGAUUAAGCAGCAGCACAGAAAUGAGAUAACUUCACCGUUGAAUGUCCUGUUUUUCUCAGAGAUGUUCCUUUCAUUUUUGUUCAGAGUAAUCCUAAAUUGAAGGUAAUAUGGGCAGUGUGUAAACUUUCAAAAAUUUCAUCAUUUAGACACAUAUAUAGAGUAUUAAAUAUGGACGAAAAAAAACCAAUUACACAGUAUCAAAUGUGUCCUUAUACGUUAAAAUUUUUUUACCAAAACAACUAAACACGGUCACAGUCAGUCGGUCGGUCGGUCAUCAGAGAUCACUGCUGUCAGUCAGUAUAUAUACAGAUUCAUUGGAAUCUAAUUAUCAGUAUUUUGAAGGUUUAUCCACUGCAGAAGUACAGAGCACAAGAGUCAAAACUCAAAAGACCAGGAGAGGCAUUUACCUAGGUAACUCUGCAAACUAAUUCUACUACAUGUUUGGACGGUGGGUUACUGUAAUACUGUUAACCACACCUAGUUUACUAUUUGCACAUAGUUUAAUGAAACCGUACUACUGUGCAUUCGACUAAUUAAGUUAGAAGCAUUAAUGUUGCUAGGAGAAAAGUGUCCUCGAUGGAAAAGUGAUUCUCUGUUGCUAGCGUGUGACAGGUUUAUGACAAAAGAAUCGAUUCUCUUCAUGUGAUCUUCACGUGUCCGGCCAAUUCAGUGUUAUUUUCUUCCUCAGUCAAUCACUGGCCGGUUACUUGUACCCAUUGCUUUGUUCAGUUGUCACUCACUCCUACUAAUAACUUACUAAUAACAGCCCUAAAAAAUGACUUAGCAGCACUAGCUGUUAGCCUUCUUUAAUCUGAAUCUCUAGGAAACUGAAACGGAAGACGGGAUUUCAGGCUGAAGACGUCAAAAAGUGAUGCUGAACUUUAUUCACAUACCUACUCGUGGCAUUUACCUAAUUACCUUUGGGGUAAAGGGAUCACUCGAAUGUUCUGGACAAUUCGUCUAAUCACCAUCAAUGGACAAAAACAACCGAAGAAAAAACAAUUCAUCAGCUUAGCCCUGACACGUGAAACCAUGUCCUACAGCUACCUGUUUUGAUCUUCUUGGUUUAAGUACAUGUCGUUUUCAUUAGGUGAUUAGUUGAUUAAUUAAUCUUGAGCUCCUCCUAAAACCAUGUAUAAAUACAGCUCACUUGCUAAUCACUCUCACUCUCAUCUUAGCUUGUCCAUUGUCCAUAUACACUCCUUGCACUCUUUAACACAAGAAGCUAGUCGGCCUUCGAUAUCAUGGCGUCCAUGGUGUCCAAGAACUCGCCGCCGGCGACGGCGAGGCACGAGGACGGCGGCGCGGGAGGGGCGGCGCCGCCGGUGACGAGCUGCCUGUACCUGCACAGGCCGGAGCCCGGCGCGGGGGCGCUGGACAAGGACGCCGUGCUCCGGCGCAUCCGCCACCGGCGGCGAGCCAACCGCCUCCGCGAGUCGCUGCAGUCUCUCCUCCUGACGCAGCAGCAGCAGGCGGCGCCGCCGCCGGAGACGGCGGCGGACAAGGGCCGCGAGCGGCUCGCCUGGCUCGACGACGCCUUCUCGUCGCCGUAGCUUCCUAGCUUAAUCAGCUCGUGCUGUCGUGCACCGCAGCAAUGUCCAUUGAUUCUUGUGUAGAUCGAUCAGAUCAAUCAUGAUGGAAUCAUGGUCUCAUACAUCCAUGGAGCCAUGGAGGAUGAAGCAUGCAUGGAUAUGAUCGAUGUCCAUGGUGACCACCAAGAAUAAUAGAAAGUAAUUAGGAACCUAAUUAGUGGCUUAGUGGAUGCUUUUGUUUAGGCUUCUAGCUAGGAGUGUCAAGUGUGUGUAUUAGUACUGGCUGUACUGCCCAGUGUAUGUUCUGUAUGUGUGUAUGUAUUUAUGGUCGAUUGGUCAUGCUAUAUAUGAAUCUACAUGGAUGGUGAAUGGAUGGUAGCAUAUGGUGCGAGAA